AUGCCUACCAACGGCAGAGCCGCGAGCUCUGCCGGCCAAACUCCCAAAAGUCCCAGGCCAGCAACGUCCGAGCACUCCACAAAACGUUCCGAAAAGGCCAGGAGUGCACAAAGCAUGCAGCCACCGCGCAGAGAGAGCAGCUCCCUCCACUCCGCUGUUGCCUCUGCGCAACGUCCCGGUGCCCUCAAAAACCGUGCAUACUCGGCGCCUAUGAUACCCAAGAACCGCCAUGAUGGAGGCGACGAUGACCACAUGGCCGACAUGCUCGCUGGCGAAGCUUGCGACGAAGACGAAAUUGCGGCCGAUCCCUUCUUCCAGAGAUACAACUUCCCCCAGUCCGACAUUCCACACCAACAACAGGACGCUUCUUCCAGCUCCGUCGAUAGCUCUUCCGACACAGAGGGCCCUCUCUCCCCUACCCACGUCAAGGGUCGCCAGCCAACAGCUGCCGAAUAUUCACAAAAUUCCCCGCAGUCACCUUCUGGAGGAGGAAGCGAUACAGCAACUGCCAUGCACGACAUCAACAUCGCCGUUAUUGGCGCCCGUGGAACUGGGAAAUCCGUCUUCACGCAGCGCGCCCUCAAUUUACAGCAUCCUCCCUCUUCUCCCAUAUCGACCCGUAAAAUGACCAUUGACGGUGGAUAUUACGUUGUGCGCUUCCUAGAGAUGAACUUCACAGACGUCCAUGUAGACGAUAGAAACGAUAUAAAAUGGCCUGAGACGAUUGAUAGUCUGGCGACUCCGCGCAUAGAUGGAGCCGUCAUAAUUUACGACGUCACGAGUCGUGAGAGUCUUACCAGGGUGCCGGAGAUGCUGAAUACAUUGUCAAAGACAAGCCUGCCCUUUGUGCUAGUCGCCUGCAAAUGCGAUCAUCACCCGGCUCAUCGGGAGGUCCAUCCUGAAACAAUUGAGCAGAAAGCUAAGUCCUUUUUGGGAGACAUCAACACCUUUCAGACAUCGGAGGACAAACCAGAAACACAACGAGGGUGUCUCUCGGUUAUCACACGUGCCGUUAUCGCGGCUAAAAGACCCAGGUCGCAGGCUUCAAUGGCACGGCGGCGAGCGAACUCUUCUGCCGUUAGGAGUAUCACUGCGAAAGACCAAUGGGCUGCUCGCAAACACGAACGCGCGAGUUCGGAAUUUUCAGUAUCGAGAUAUCGACCGCGGUCAUCUGAAGUGAAAGGCCACUCUUACAAGUCGAGCGAAACGCCAGGCCAUACAUUCCUUGAUCUCGAGGAGUCGCCUGGCUACGAUUCUUACGAUUCCGACGGACAAGCAUCGGAUACCGAACAGAGCAUCAUAUCUGAGCAACCGUCUCCGGAGAAUGGCUACACAUUCGACCAGCUAGUGGAUCGCCUCCUCUCGCAACCAAUGUCAAAACAUGACUCUAAAUUCGUCGCUAUCUUCCUUGCCCUGUACCGCCGAUUCGCUGCCCCAAGUCAAUUGCUCGAGGCAAUUCUGAAGCGGUUCGAGGCACUGAAGCGCGACAAAAACCCACAAGUCAUCCGCAUCAUCUCACAACUACGAUACCUCGCAGUCCUUCAGCAAUGGAUAAGUCAUUACCCCGGCGACUUUGCUUUUACUUCUACGCGUCGGGCCAUUCGAAAAUUCACCCAGGGACUAGCGAGCAAUCGCGAAUUCGCCGUGGCAGCAAAAGAGAUAAUGCAAGAUCUCGAGAUGGUCAUGGAAGACGACGACACCGAUUGGGCGUGCUGCGAUCGACAAAGAAGUCAGGCCGAACAGAUUCCAAAUUUCAGAAAUAACGUCUUAGACGAAGACUCCGAAGAUGAUGAAUUUUCAAGGGCGAUUGGCCACAUGUCCAUGACUUCGGACCGCUUCUCCAUUGCCCAAAGCACCAGGACGAACGUUACAGGGACUUCAAGAACAACGGAAUCCUCCGUCAGUUCGACCAUACUUAACCAGGUCGAGCGUAAUGAAAAUUUGGCGAAGCUGCUGAUACCCAAUCCUAUCAAACCAUUGUCGAAAAUCCAAUGGCACCUAUUGAUCGCUGAGAGCGAGGAAGCAAUCGCUAAAGAAUUGACACGAAUCGACUGGAUCAUGUUCUCCUCCAUCCGGCCGAGAGAUUUGGUCCGUCACGUUAGCAUGAACCUCGAAGAGAAGCGAAAAUGCAAGAGCUUGGAGAAUGUCAAUCGUAUGAUCGACCACUUCAACCACGUAGCGUAUCUGGUUACGAAUUACAUCCUACUGAGAGACAAGCCGAAACACAGGGCGAUGAUGCUGGAGAAAUGGAUGAAGGUUGCACGAGCUGUCCGUCAGCUGAACAACUACAACGCGUUGGGUGCCGUGCUUGCAGGAAUCAAAGGCACGGCCGUCCAUCGUCUCUCCGCCACCCGCGAGCUCGUUUCCGAAAAGGCAGGCCUCGACUACUUGAAAUUGGAACUCCUCAUGAGCACCGACAAGUCCCACUUCUCGUAUCGCCUAGCCUGGGAGAAUAGCUCUGGUGAACGCAUACCUUACAUCCCCCUCCAUCGACGAGAUUUGGUUUCGGCAUCAGAGGGAAACUCGACCUUUGUUGGCGACAAGAAACCUUCUCCAGCAUUCACUCCACACCCUGGCGUCAGCGUGUUCCAAGGAGCUCCAGGCAACCGAGAUUCAAGAGAGGCCCCGCCGGGCGGUGUUACCGGGAAAGAAAGGAUCAAUUGGCGCAAGUUCGAGAUCAUGGGCGAAGUGAUUGUAGGUGUGCAGCGGGCACAGGGCACGCCAUUCCCCGCUAUGUCGAAGAACGAAGACAUCCGGGCCCUCAUCCUGGACAUCAAGAUUUUGAAAGACGACGAUGAACUGUACGAGCGAAGCACUCAGCUAGAAGCUGCUGGUGCGAGCGAGCGCCGUAGAAUCUUUGACUGGUUCCGUGAGCGUUAG